GCUCAGCUCAUAGAAAUUUUAUUUACACAAUUUUUUCUAUCUUAUUUUUUUGUUUUUUAAUGAUUUGUUAUUAUUUGUUUUAUUUAUGAAUAUGAACCUGGUAUAAUUUACUCUAUCAACUCAAUCAUGAGCUCAACUUUAGUCUCAGAUGCCAUGAGACAUGCAUCUUUCAACAUGGUCUUUCAGAUAUCUACAAGAAUUACGACAUUUUUGCUGAAUAUUUACAUCCUCAAAUAUAUUUCAGCAUAUAUUCUAGGUGUCAUAAAUGUCAGACUGCUUUUGCUCUAUACUACAACGCAAUUCAUUAGUCGAGAGCCGAUGCGGAGGGUCUGCAUAAGUGAAGCUAAAUCACAUCGUUGGCCAGCUCUCAUUAAUUUAAUUUGGUUGAAUAUCGGCUUUUCAUUUCUAUUUGGUUAUGUUUUAUCUUAUAUCUGGUUGAAUUGGGUAGAGCAACCAGAUCAACAAGCUUUUGGCUAUCGAACUGCUGUCCUUUUAAUGCCGAUAAUCGUUGCCAUUGAAAUGGUAUCUGAACCGAUGUUCAUUUACUGUCAGCUUCAAAAUCUUGUUAAAAUUAGGAUCAACAUUGAGGCAAUCGCUCUCGUCAUAAGAUGUGUUAUUAUGGCCCUCUUUGUUCAGAGUUAUCCGAUGUAUGCUGUUAUAAUCUUCAUGUCCUCUCUUUUUAUUUCGUCGGUCGCUACAACAAUGAUGUAUCAUAUAUAUUUUGCUUUCAAACUUAGUUUUGGUCAUUAUUAUAGUCAUUUCUUUCCUAAUCGAGAUAUGCAGCCCAUCCUUGAUACAAGUCUGUUAAAACUUAAUUUCAGCUUUCUUCUACAAACGGUUAUCAAACAAUUCCUUACUGAAGGGGAGAAAUUUAUCAUGACAUUUCUAAAUCCAAUGACUUUUGACGAUCAAGGGAUUUUUGAUAUCGUAAACAAUCUAGGAUCACUUGCUGCUCGUUUUAUUUUCCAACCGAUUGAAGAAAGUGCCUAUAUCCUUUUUGGUAAACUUGUCGUCCGAGGCAAGCAUGAAAAUCAGGACCGGAAAAAGUUCAAAAUGGCGGUAGAAACUUUAAGAAAUCUUUUCAAAUUGAUGUCUCUCUGUGGCUUAAUUGUUCUUGUAUUCGGUUUCAACUACUCACAACUUGGUUUAAAGAUUUACAACGAGAAACAUCUUGGUCAUGGACUUGCAAUUAUUUUGAUGCGCUUCCAUUGUAUUUAUAUUUAUUUUAUUGCCGUCAAUGGUGUUAGUGAAACUUUCACAUUUGCUGUGAUGUCUAAAGAACAACUCGAUAAAUUCAACAUUUGGCUGAUUGGAUUCUCAGUUAUUUAUUUGAUUGUUGCAUCUUUGGCUACUUCACUAAUUGGCGCUUCUGGUCUGAUUCUUGCAAACUGUGUUAACAUGUCAUGCCGCAUUCUUUUUAGCUGCUCGUUCAUACGGCAAGAAUGUAUCAAAAAUCGAAGUAAUGAGAAUCCAGUAUUUGGUAUUUUACCUCAUCCCAAAGUUUUGGCUGCGUUUUCUGUUAUUUUUGGUCUAACUCGUUUAUCAGAGACUAUCUUGUGUUGCUCUCAUUGGGGUAAUUCAGCCGUCCAUGUUAUUUUUGGUGCCAUUCUUUUCUUUUUGAUAUUGCGCAUAAUUUAUCGCUAUGAGCCAUAUGCUAUCGAAAUGAUGAACCAAAUACCUUUAUUUAAGUUUUUUUUCAAAUUCAUACGAAAGCCUAAAACAAAUUAAAGUCCUGUUGACUAUUUUUUUAGAAUUUUUCUCACCAAUUUAAUUCUUUUCAUUUGAAUUGAAAUAUCUACUGUCAUCAGAAGUACAUCAUUUACUUACCAACUAUAAAUAUUUAUCUAAAUAGUUUACAGUGCUGAGUAAAUGAAAUUACCAAUAUUUUGCCAUCCAA